AUGCCUGCACCGGAAUUCAGCAAUGGCCGUGCGUACAUAUGGAUCACCGCUUGUAUCUUGUUCACCUGCAUCGUCGCCGGCGGCGCCUGCCUCGUCGCUUACGUGUUGCUUCCUGAAGACCAAGUGGAGUCUUGGUUGCCCGUGGCUGGGGUGGUAUUGGUUUGCCUUCCGUGGGCGUUUUGGCUCUUAACUUUCAUAUACCGAAUCGUUUCUCGUGCCUUCGGAUUUAGGGUUAGGUUUGGGGGUGGAGGUGGAGACGGAGGACGAAGAGCUGGAAAUGAGAAGAAUUACUCUGGAAAUGAUGAUAUUGAGGGUGCAGGUGGUCUCGCAAAUGGCAAGGGAGAUGUUCAAUUCGGAGAAGCCGGAGGAGCGGCGGCGCGUGGUGGACUGCAGAGGACGUCGUCGUCUGUUUCAAACGAGAGCGAAAUGCCAUUAGCGAAGUCGUUGAAUUCGUGA